CGAAUUAGUGACGCAGAAAUAACGUUCUUAUCCCCUGUAAAUAACAUAAUCAAAUUUAUUGUGCUUUUCAAACGAUGAUCGGACCGAAUCUCCUCCAUAGUAUCGCGUGCGUACUACCAGAGACAGGUUUAAUUCGAUAAGCCUGUUUUAUUAGAUCAUAGUACAAUACAAACUAAUUGUGAAGUCAGAAGCAGUGUUCAGUUUCCUUCAAUCGUAUUAAAGUGUUCGUGAUGGUGCGCAUUUUCGCAAUUACUCAAAAUGCGGAAACCAAGUUUUUCAACCGUAACAAUAAUUGAGCGAAACAUCCGACACAAAAUAUGACCCAGAUUUCGAAAAAGCGACGUGUUAGCCAAAAGUCCAGUACCAAAUUGAACUUCCUUUGACCAGCCACACGGAACACAUAAAAAUAAUUAAAGCACAAUACAUCGCAUUAUGUUAUUGAGAUAACAAACUGAUAGCAAUGGACCGAGGUCACUCUUUCAAAAGAGAGCCCAAUCCCAAGGAAACAACAAAUAUAAUAUCUCUGCUCUCAUUCUUCUACUUUAUCAAAGUUUUCAAAAAAGGAUACGCGAAAGGGAUUCACAGCAAUGAUUUAUUCGAAGUUUUGCAAAAUUGCCGCUCAAAGGAAUUGGGGGAUUUGUUAGAACAGCAGUGGCAGGUUGAAGAAGGCAGAGGGAAGUCACUAUGUCGUGCCCUUUGGCACGCUUUCGGCCAAAGAUUCCUAAAAUUGGGGCUAAUGCAACUCGUGGUCAAGCUGACAAUUACUAUUUGGUCGCCUCAAGCAUUUUCGAAAUUAAUUUCCUACUUCAGUCCAGCUCAAACCGAAAUCAGCAAGCAAGACGCCGUUUAUUAUGCUGGCGUUGUGAUUGGAUUAAGGAUAAUUCACGUGUUUUUUUCCAACAAUUACACUCUGGCCUUAACCGAGCUGGGCCUUGGGGUGAAAGCAGCCGUUUGUUCCCUAAUUUACCGAAAAUCACUUAGGCUGAAUUCCGAUUCUUUGUCCGAAGUGACUGUGGGGAAAAUUACCACGAUCAUAAAUAAGGACGUUGAUGCUUUUCAAGACUUUAUAGCUUUUGGGAACGAUGUCUGGAUCGCCUUCAUACAGACGGGAAUCAUUUGCUACCUAGUUUAUAGCAAAAUUGGAGUGGCGUCCUGGGCGGGCGUCACCUUCUUUCUCGCUGUUUUACCAUUUCAAAUUUUUAUCGGAAAGUUGGCCUAUAAUUUUAGACUCAAGUGCAAUAAAAAAACGGACGAACGAUUAGAGUUGACUCAAGAAGUACUGUCAGCAAUCAAAAUCAUCAAAAUGUACACUUGGGAGAAGUACUUCGAGACGAAAAUUUGUAAGGCUCGGAAAGAAGAAGUCAAGCAACUCCACAGGCUUUUCUAUGCCGAAAUUUGUAUAACAAUAAUCGGGAGCAUUUCCACGAAAGUGGCUUUUUUCAUCUUCCUGAUGACCUACGUCUAUUUGGGUUACGACGUUACAGCGGAGGUAGUUUUCUACAUUUUGAGUUGCUUCUACGAUCUUGAAUACUCGUUGAGUAACAUAAUCCCGUUUGGUUUUUCACAAGCCUCUAAACUAUACGCCACUGCCAAACGAUGCGAAUCUGUACUCAACUGUAACGAACUGCAGAAAAAAAUCGAAAGUGGACCCAAAUGCUCUCAAAUAACUUUUAAAGAAGUUGGGACUUCAAUAGGUCAGAAAGAAAUUUUGAAAAACGUUAAUCUAGCUCUUGGUCGCGGCUUGAAUAUUGUAACUGGUUUUGUGGGCAGCGGCAAAACAGUUUUCCUCAAGACCAUCAUGCAAGAGUGCCCUUUUAUUGGUGAAGUUACUACUUCUGGCCGCAUCUCUUACGCGUCUCAAGAGCCUUGGCUCUUUCCCUCAACAAUCAAGAACAACGUUUUAUUUGGCGAAAAUUACUCAACCGAGAGGUACAAAAAGGUUUUGCAGCUUUGUUGCCUGGAUUAUGACUUGGCUUUGCUUCCCUUCGGAGAUAACACAGUCAUAGGCGACCGCGGGAUAAACCUAAGCAAAGGCCAACAAUCUCGGAUCAACCUAGCCAGAGCUGUGUACAAAGAAAGCGAUAUUUACCUCCUAGACGAUUGUCUAGCGUCCCUGGAUUCGCACGUCAGUGACAAAAUUUUUGAAACAUGCAUUUGUAAUUUUUUGCAAAAUAAACUCGUGGUUUUCGUCACCAAUAACUUGAAUUAUGUGCAAAAAGCCGACGUUAUCCUUGAGAUAAAUCAAGGAUCGGUGGCGUGCAACAUGGAGAGAAAAUCUGGGUUUGAGUGCCUUGUCCGUGACUUUGAUCAAGACACUGGAAGCGAUCAAGAGGAAAUAAAAAAUUCGGAAGUCUACCACGAGUCGAAAAAUUCCGAAAAAGUGAGUUUGGGAGAUUACCACAAGUAUGUCACGUACGGUGGGGGUCUUAUUGUCUUUUGCCUCAUCAUGGUUUUGUUCACAACGGCACAAGCGUCGGCCAGCUACAGUGAGAAAUUGAUGACGAAUUGGGUUACUUUGGAGCAAAAUUUGUCGACUGUUUCCGGCACCAAUAGCACGGACUUUAACAGCCUCUACAGAGACAAAACGGACAGCUUGACGAUGUAUUCCGUCACAUUUGUGUUGUCCAUUGUUUUGACAAUCAUCAGCGCAUUAACGUUCUUUUAUUUUGCAAGAGUUGCUUCAAUCAAUAUGCACAAAGCAAUGCUGCACAGUGUCAUAAAUACUACGAUGCAUUUUUUCGACUCGAACUUUAUCGGGAACAUUUUGACCAGAUUUUCCAAAGACUGUGUCACUGCGGAUGAACAACUUCCAGUUGUGCUUGUGGAGUGUUUGAGGAUGAUUUUUAUUGCUUUCGGGGGCAUUGUUUUGAUCACAACGGUGAAUUACUUGUUCCUACUUGAAUGCCUGGUUCUAUUGGUGGUUUCGUAUUUGAUGAAGCGAUUUUGCCAACCGACUAGUCGAAAUUUGCAGCGACUUCAUGUCCAAGCCUCUAUCCCAAUGAUUGGUCACGUCAACUCGACUCUCGGGGGCUUGACGACCAUAAGGGCUUGCAAUGCCCAGGAAAUGGUAAUUGACGAGUUCGACAAGCAUCAGAAUUUGUUUACUUCAGCCAGUUUCAUGCUAAACAAUAGUUUAUCGGCCUUGUCGUUUGGCUUGGAUUUGUUCAGUGCCCUUUUUGUGUCUUCGCUCAUAAUCCAAUUUUUGGUUUUUGAUUUUGACACUGACGUUGGUGAUGUCGGUCUUGCAAUAACUCAGUCCUUCACAAUCACGAGUUUGAUAACAAUUGGGAUCAGCAACGUGUCAGACUGUGAAAAUUUGAUGACUUCGGUUGAACGAAUCUUGGAAUAUGUUUCACUGGAACAAGAGGGAACGAACGGAAUAACGAUCAAAGACUGGCCACGGAACGGUUUAAUUAAUUUCAACCAAAUCGCCUUAAACUACGGCGGAAGUAAAUCAAUGCUGGACGACAUAAACUUCACAAUUCAAGCUAGGGAAAAAGUUGGGAUUGUUGGAAGGACUGGAGCUGGGAAAUCCUCGAUUAUUUCAAGUUUGCUGCGUCUGUACCCAACCACAGGGAAAAUCACAAUCGACGGCGUUGACAUCGAAAAAGUGUCCCUGACUUGGCUUCGACGAAAAAUCUCGGUCAUCCCGCAGGACCCGUUCCUCUUUUCGGGAACAAUUCGGGAAAACAUGGACCCUUUAAGCCACUACACCGACGAGCAAAUUUGGAAAGUGCUAACAAAUCUCGGACUGAAUAAUUUAAUCGACGAUCUCGGUGCCAAAAUCGACAAAGGCUCGACUUUAAGCGCCGGCCAAAAACAGUUGUUUUACCUCGCACGUGUCAUACUUCAGAAAAAUAAGAUCGUGGUUUUGGACGAAGCCACUGCAAAUGUGGACCCAGAGACCGACGUUUUAAUCAACGAAGCCGUCGCAAAUCAUUUCGGCGAUUCGACUGUGAUAGUUAUAGCUCAUAGGUUGUCUUCGGUGAUGAGUUGCAACAAAAUUAUUGUGCUGAGUGACGGACGGGUUAGGGAACUCGACGAACCCGAGAAGUUGUUGCAAAAUAAAAACAGUUUUUUCCACAGUAUUAUUAAAUAAAUUAAGUCACUGUUAAAUUAAUCUGUGAUAAUAAAGCACAAACUAAUUUUAUUUCCUCA